AUGACUUCCCCCACCGUCCACAUCUCGACCCACCCCCUCGUGCAGAUCCAGCUCACCCAGCUCCGGCUGCACGACCUCACGCCCAAGGAUUUCCGCGAGGGCGUGCGCGCGAUCAGCUCGAUGCUCAUGUACGAGGCGGCGCGCGCCGUGCCCAUCGCCGACGUGCCGAACCUCCAGUCCCCCAUUGCGCCGUUCACGGGCAAGGCGCUCGCCCUGCGCGUCGGCCUGUCGCCCAUCAUGCGCGCGGGCAGCGGCAUGAUUGACGCGGCCCUCGCGCUCUUCCCCGACGCGACGGUGCUCCACCUCGGCCUGUUCCGCGACAAGACGACGCUCCAGGCGAUCGAGUACUACUCCAAGCUGCCGACUGUGCGCACCGCCGACCUGGUGUACCUCCUCGACCCGCUCAUCGCGACCGGCGGCACGAUCGUCGCGGCCCUCACUAUGCUCACCGAGUGGGGCCUCACGCCGAGCCAGAUCAAGAUCGUGUCGGUGCUUGGGUCCAAGAGCGGCGUAGAGCACGUCACGACCGAGUUCCCCGACGUCGAGAUUUACAUCGGCGCUAUUGACGACGAGCUCACCGACAAGGGAUACAUCUCGCCCGGUCUCGGCGAUGCCGGAGACCGCCUGUUCAACACGCACAACAAUUAG